AUGGGGGCAUGCUUAAGCUCGAAUUCGGAGGCGGAGGAACAGAAGAAGAGGAGUCAGAUGAUUGAUAGGGCCCUCGAGGAGGAUUCGAAGAAACUGCGACGAGAAUGCAAGAUACUGUUGCUCGGAUCCGGAGAGAGUGGGAAAUCAACCAUCGUUAAGCAGAUGAAGAUUAUACACCAGAGCGGAUAUACGGUGGAGGAAUUGUCGAUGUAUCGGAUGACAAUCUACAAGAAUCUAGUCGAUUGUGCGAAGGCUUUGAUAGGAGCGAUGAGGCAAUUUGACAUCGAUCCCCAGAUCCCAGUAAACCAAGAAUACUGCAACUUCUUGAUCAAUUACCAAGUAGUUACAGAGCCUCCAACACUGAAUCCGGAAGUAGGGAUGGCAAUCAAGUCUUUAUGGAUGGAUCCAGCCAUGGCAGUUUUGAUGGAGAGGCAGAGCGAAUUCUACUUGAUGGACUCGGCGCCAUAUUUCUUUGAAGAGGCUAGCAGAAUUUCUUCGCCGGACUACAUACCGAUAGAAGCGGAUGUGCUGAGAGCACGAACGAAGACCACCGGUAUAUACGAGACGAGAUUUACAAUGGGGUCACUGAGCAUACACAUGUUCGAUGUUGGUGGGCAAAGAAGUGAGAGAAAAAAGUGGAUACAUUGCUUCGAAAAUGUCACAUCCAUCAUUUUCUGCGUGGCGCUGAGCGAAUACGAUCAAGUGCUAUUGGAGGAGAGCAAUCAAAAUCGGAUGAUGGAGAGUCUGGUGCUUUUUGAUUCGGUCGUCAACUCUCGAUGGUUCAUGCGGACCAGUAUUAUCCUCUUCCUGAAUAAAGUCGAUCUCUUCAGACAGAAGCUCGGGCGAUCACCGCUCAGCAAUUACUUCCCCGACUACUCGGGCGGAAAUGAUAUUAACCGAGCGUCAAAAUAUCUUCUUUGGCGUUUCAAUCAAGUCAAUAGAGCACAUCUAAACCUAUACCCUCACCUCACCCAAGCAACAGAUACAUCUAAUAUCCGACUAGUCUUCGCGGCAGUCAAAGAAACAAUCUUACAAAAUGCUCUCAAGGAUUCCGGGAUUCUCUGA